AUGGAUACGAAAGCCGCCGAUGUCACUAUCCCCGCCAUCGUGGUCGUGGUGGCGUAUGCGGGAAGCCUGAUCUACCACGGGGCGACUUUCAAGGAGUUCUUCACGUUCACGAACAAAUCGGAUUACGUUUUCUUGGCAACAAUGGCAGUGCACAUGCUCAAGUGUUGUAAUGAUGCGCGUGGAGCGGUAAAGGGUGUAUAUUGGCCGGUCGGGCUUGUCUCCUGCGGAGCUGCGGCAAUGGGAGGUGGUUUCCUCGCGCCUCUUAUGGUUGGCCGCAGUCCAGUCGUCUUCUUGGAAGAGACGCUCUUCUGGAUGCUGAUCGCUGCAUGGUACGUCACGUACCACAUGCCGGUGGUCUCCGUCCAGUGGGCCAAACUGACGCAGAGCAAGCCGGUGUCCAUGCUCCUCCUCUUCGUGUUCGGUGUCUUCCGUACGCACCAGCAGGUGGCGUGCAUCGAGAUCGGUGCUCAGGCGGCCGCCCUCGAGGACGUCGGACCCAAGCCGCGCUUCUUCUCGGAGCCGUACGCCGCCCUGCUGAUCUGCGGCUUCCUGGGCGGGUGCGGAGGCAUGUUCAUCCCAUUCAGCAAGGGUCUGGAGCCCAUCAUGAAAGGCAAGGUCUUCCCCGUCACGAUGGCCUUCUACGGGACCAUCUUCUACGUCGUCGCUACGCGCCUGCUGGCCUGGGACAAGCUCACCGCGAAGAUGGCCCUGGCAGUGGUUCGCGUGAUCUCGGAGCUGCUGCCGGCUCCGCGCGAGAAGGUGCUCGGGGCGGUGCGCGCAUCGUACACGGUCCUGCAGCUGCCUGAGGCCACGACCCUGCCGCAGUGA